AUGGCUACCAUAUCGCCAACAAGGCCAUCGCGGCGGGCGGCCUCGCGCAGCAAAGUGGUUGUUGAAGAGUCGGACGAUGAGAAUAUGGGGGGCAUGAGCGAAGAGGAGGACGAUGGGGAGGAUUUUACGCCAGCACCACUGCGCAGUCCCAAGCGUCAGACAAGACGCAAAACUACAGAAGUGCCUUCAAUUCCGCGCACUGCAGCUCGUACUCGGAGAACACGAACCGGUGAAAGCGUUGAGCCUUCAGAGAUUUUCGACCCAGAGGAAUCAAUUAAGCCAGAGCCAGUAUCUCCUACGAAGAAAGCAUCCCCAAGGAAGCGCAAAAGCGCUGCGCCUACUAAAAGAGUCCGCUCAUCAGUCGCUGGAGACGCAGUUCCACCAAUGCCCACCCCAAAGCCUUCCACAUCACCAGAACCAUCUCAAUUACAUGGCACUCCAUUGGCCGACAUUACCGAUACCCUCAACGAGCAAGCACCAACAGCAAAUAAUCGGAAAGAGAUUCUGGGCGUUAAGGCAUUGGAUACGAUAUUGGAGAAGCCAAUGGAUAUCGUCGUAAGAUCAAGAGCUUUGGCGGUGCCUCAACAACCAGAGAAUGCUGGCCCCAAACCGCGAACAGUCAUCCAGUAUUUGGUUCUCAAGAACUUCAAGAGUUAUGCUGGUAGACAAGAAGUUGGACCUUUCCAUGCCUCAUUUUCUUCUGUUGUAGGGCCGAACGGAUCUGGAAAGUCGAACGUGAUCGACUCCUUGCUGUUUGUCUUCGGCUUCCGAGCAAGCAAGAUGAGACAAGGCAAGAUAUCUGCCCUGAUCCACAACUCGGCAGCAUUUCCCGAUCUAGAUCACUGUGAAGUCGAAGUGCAUUUCCAGGAAGUCAUAGAUCUUCCAGAUGGAAAGCAUGAAGUCCUUCCAGAUUCCACCCUGAUUAUCUCUCGAAGGGCCUUCAAGAACAACUCCAGCAAGUACUAUAUCAAUAUGCAGGAGUCCAAUUUCACGACAGUAACAACACUUCUGAAGGAGCGAGGCGUUGACCUUGACCACAAAAGGUUUCUCAUCCUGCAGGGAGAAGUUGAAUCUAUUGCGCAGAUGAAGCCCAAAGCUGCCAACGAACAUGACGACGGCUUGCUUGAAUACCUGGAAGAUAUCAUUGGCACCUCAAAAUACAAGUCUCCCAUCGAAGAGUCUGCGACGGAGGUAGAAACGCUCAACGAGGUCUGUACGGAGAAGAAUGCUCGUGUCCAGCACGUUGAAAAGGAGAAGAACAGUCUCGAAGACAAAAAGAACAAGGCUUUGGCUUAUAUUCGAGAUGAAAACGAGCUUGCCUCAAAACAAUCUGCCUUGUAUCAAGUCUACAUUGACGAAUGUGGAGACAAUCUCAAGGUAACAGACGAAGCCAUUGGGCAAAUGCAGGGCCAACUCAACGCAGAGCUCGAAAAACAUCAGGGCAACGAGGAUGGCAUCAAGAGCAUCGGGAAAGCUUACAAGCAUGGUGCCAAGGAGUACGAGGCUUUGCAGAAAGCGACCCAAGCCAUCAUCAAGGAGAUGGCCAAAUAUGACAAGGAGCACGUGAAGUAUGAGGAGAAGAAGAAGUUUCUAACAAAUAAACAAACCAAGCUCGAAAAAGCGCUGCAGUCAAACCGACUUUCAGGUUCUGAAGCGAAUAGCCUAGCACAGAAGCACUCAGACGAUAUCGAGCGCAAUACGAAAGAAAUCGCUGCGUUAGAAAGGAGUAUGCGUGAAGAAGAGGAGGAGCUAGCCGCAAUUCGAGACGCUCUGAAAGGAAAGACUCAGGCAUUCUCCGACCGAAUAGCCGCCAAGCAAAAGUCAUUGGAACCGUGGAACGGGAAGAUCAACGAAAAGCAAUCAGCCAUUGCCGUCACCCAGAGCGAGCUCGAAAUCUUGCGUGAAAGAGCCUCGGCAGGGGCCGUCGCGCUUGAAGAGGCUCAAGGAAGGAUCAAUUCCCUCGAUGAAAGCCGCAAGACGAAGGAAGGCGAGAUCAAGGAAUUAAAGGCUCAGAAAGUGCAGGUGGAGAAGGAGGCUGGCAAAAUCCAAGGCGAGCUUACCAAACUAAUGCAAACGGAACCUGAGAUGAGAUCACAGCUGUCCGGGGCCCGACAGAAAGCGGACGAAGCCAGAGCCAGUUUGUCAAGCACCCAAAGCCAAGGCAACGUACUCAGUGGCUUGAUGCGACUGAAGGAGUCAGGACGAAUAGAAGGUUUCCAUGGACGACUCGGGAACCUAGGCACAAUCGACCAGAAAUACGACGUAGCCAUAUCAACAGCCUGUCCAUCGCUGGAGAAUCUCGUCGUGGACUCGGUUGAGGUGGGCCAGCAGUGCAUUGAUUACCUGCGCAAGAAUAACCUGGGAAGAGCUAAUAUCAUCUUGCUGGAUCGUCUGGCAAAAAGAGAUUUGUCCGCAAUCGACACGCCCGAAGGUGUACCAAGGCUGUUUGAUCUUGUGAAGACGAAGAACGAAAUAUUUCGUCCUGCUUUCUUCAGCGUUCUACAAAAUACUCUGGUGGCGAAAGACCUCGAGCAAGCAAAUCGUAUUGCCUAUGGCGCUCGAAGAUGGAGGGUGGUUACCUUAGAUGGGCAACUGAUCGACGUCUCCGGAACGAUGAGUGGUGGUGGGACUCGUGUUGCCAGAGGUGGCAUGUCAUCCAAGCUUGUUGCGGAAACCUCAAAAGAGCAAGUGUCGAAGCUGGAAGUUGACCGUGACCAGCUAGAGCAAGAUAUCCAGAAGCACCAAGAUAAGCAAAGAGAGCUCGAGACUUCUCUGAAACAGCUCAAUGAUCAGAUCCCUCAAUUGGAGACGGCAAUCCAGAAGACUGGCUUGGAAUCCGAGAGCCUAAAACGAAACCUUGCAGACGCUCAGCGCCGAGUAAGUGAACUAACGGCAGCACAGCCAACGACUAGUUCCGACGAUGCUCGUAUCAAUAUUUUGGAGAAGCAGAUCUCGAAGCUUGAAAAGGAUGUCGAGAAGCUACGUGCAGAAACGGCUGGUCUCGAACAAGAGAUUCAGGAACUUCAAGACAAAAUCAUGGAAGUUGGUGGUGUGAGGCUCAGAGGGCAGAAAGCCAAGGUCGAUGGCCUGAAAGAGCAGAUCGAGACUCUCACGGAAGAGAUGUCCAAUGCGGAAGUCGCCAAGUCAAAAGCUGAGAAGCAAAAGAUUAAGCACCGUAAAUCAUACGAGGAUGCUGAGAAUGAGCUCGCUGCCGCCGCCGAAGAGCUCGAAAACCUAGUCAAUGAGGUCAAGACACAGGACAAUGACGCUUCCGCCUCCAAGCGCAAGGCGGAAGAAGCACAAGAGGCGCUAAGCGCGAAGCAGGAGGAGCUUGCUGCUUUGAAGCGGGAGCUGGAUGACAAGACUGCCGAACUGAACGAGACUCGCGCUGUCGAGAUCGAAAUGCGCAACAAGCUCGAAGAGAAUCAGAAGGUCCAGUCCGAGAACCAGAAACGACUAAAGUACUGGAAUGAGAAGCUCAGCAAACUGAGUAUCCAAAGCGUCAGUGACCUCGGAGAAGAACAAGCAGCAGAAGAACUACCUCAGUACACCAAAGAUGAGCUCGAGGAUAUGGACAAGGACACCCUGAAGGGUGAGAUCGCAAUUCUCGAGGAGAAAACCCAAAACGUCAACGUCGAGCUUGGCGUGCUGGCUGAGUACCGCCGCCGCGUCGAAGAACACACCUUACGCAGCAAUGACUUGCAAUCUGCCGUGACGCAACGAGAUACUGCAAAGAAGCGUUGCGAUGACCUUCGCAAGCUCCGUCUCGAGGGUUUCAUGACCGGUUUCAGUCUAAUUUCUCUGCGGUUGAAGGAAAUGUAUCAGAUGAUUACAAUGGGCGGAAAUGCUGAGUUGGAGCUUGUCGAUUCGCUUGACCCUUUCUCCGAAGGUAUUCUUUUCAGCGUAAUGCCGCCGAAGAAAUCGUGGAAGAACAUCUCGAACCUUUCGGGUGGUGAAAAAACGCUGAGUAGUCUGGCUCUGGUGUUUGCUCUGCAUCACUACAAGCCAACUCCGCUCUAUGUGAUGGACGAGAUUGAUGCUGCGUUGGAUUUUCGGAAUGUCUCUAUUGUUGCCAGCUACAUCAAGGAGCGAACAAAGAAUGCACAAUUUAUCGUCAUCUCUUUGAGGAAUAAUAUGUUUGAGUUGGCUUCUCGGCUGGUGGGCGUGUACAAAGUCAACCAUAUGACUAAGAGCGUAACAGUAGAAAACAGAGACUACAUUAACGGCAGAGCUUAG